AUGAUUGCCGGCUCAAAAGACGCUGCCGUCAGCCACGAUGACGUCGCGGCGAGUCCUGGUGCUGCCGCCGCCGCCGCCGCUGCUCCGUCGCCAAUGGCCAGCACGUCCGCCCGCGGCCUUGACGCCGCCGAGGAGUCCCAGCCCGGCAUCAAUUCGUUGAUGUACUCCGGCCGCUGCUGCGCACCUAGCAAUCGGUGCGUCUGCCGCCAAACGGAACGGCCAGGUCGCACUGUUAACAGCAGCUGUGGCGUUGUUGGCCGUGCUGGUGCUGCAGCGCUCGCGAUGACCUCCAUCGUCGCUUCAGCGACUCGGGUUUUCUGCAGCUACCUUCUGCAUCUAUUGGAGUUCAUCGGUACUAUGCUGCCCCUCAUCUCUAUCGGCCUUUAA